GGGAGAUGUUGGGCAUGGCUGCGGCUGUCCUUCCUCGCGAAGGUGCUGGAGAUUUUGAAGGGAUGCUGGCAGAAGGGGAAGAAUCAGAAGUGUCACCAAAAGGAUCCAAAGAGGAGGAGGAGCAAAGGAAGCUGAGGGUUCAAGAUGGAGGCAGCAGGCGAGAGGGGAGACGAAAGCAGAAGCUGGAGGGUGACUCUGGUACGUCUCAGGGUGGUGAAAAUCAAAUUUACAGAGAGGAGAGAAAGCAUGAAUGCACCGUGUGUGGAAAGAGAUUUGGUCGUCGCUCAACUCUUACUUUACAUCAAAGAGUGCACACAGGAGAGAAACCGUAUACAUGUUCAGAGUGUGGAAAGAGCUUCAAUCAGAGUAGUGGCCUUACCUCACAUCAAAGAGCUCAUACAGGAGAGAAACCGUAUACGUGUUCAGAGUGUGGAAAGAGCUUCAGUCAGAGUAGUGGCCUUACCUCGCAUCAAAGAUCUCAUACAGGAGAGAAACCAUAUACGUGUUCAGAGUGUGGAAAGAGCUUCAGUCAGAGUAGUGGCCUUACCUCGCAUCAAAGAUCUCAUACAGGAGAGAAACCGUAUAAAUGUAUGGACUGUGGAAAGAACUUCAGUCACAGUAGUGCCUUUAUCUUGCAUCAAACAACUCAUACAGGGGAGAAACCGUAUACAUGCUCAGAGUGUGGAAAGAGCUUCAGUCACAGUGGUGCCCUUAGCUUGCAUCAAAGAUCUCAUACAGGGGAGAAACUGUAUACAUGUUCAGAGUGUGGAAAGAGCUUCUGUCGCGGUAGUGAACUCAGGUCGCAUCAAAGAACUCAUACAGGGGAGAGACCGUAUACAUGUUCAGAGUGUGGAAGGAGCUUUAGUCACAGUGGUACCCUUACUAUCCACCGAAGAACUCAUACAGGGGAGAAACUGUAUACAUGUUCCGAGUGUGGAAGCAGCUUCACUCAAAGUGGUGGCCUUACCUUGCAUCAAAGAAUUCAUACAGGGGACAAACCGUAUACAUGUUCAGAGUGUGGAAAGAGCUUCACUCGCAGCAAUGUCCUUACUAGACAUCAACAAACUCAUCGAGGCACCAAACCUUAUAAAUGCUGGGAAUGUGGCAAGAGCUUCAGUCGCUUUGACUCUCUUUCCUUGCAUCAAAGAACUCAUACAGGAGACAAACCGUAUACAUGUUUGGAGUGUGGAAGGAGCUUCAGUCAGAGUAGUCACCUUACUAGACACCAAAUAACUCAUAAAGGGAGGAAAUCUUAGAAAUGUUUGGUGUAUGGAAAGAACUUCAGUGAUAGGGGCUCCCUUCCUAAACAGUAAAGAACUCAUACAAGGGAAACAUCUUAGAAAGGGUUGGAGUGUGCUAAAAUCUUUAAUCAUAUCAAAUAACUCCUACAGAGAGUAAGCCAAUGAUUGUGUUCAGAAUUAAAAUUUGCUUCCAUUAGAAUUUUUAUUCCUUUUAGUGGCUGUGUUGCAUAUUGUUCUCCUGAUCAGAGUUAGAUUUACAUAGCUAUGCUCUAUUUUCUUUCCCAUGCAUUAUUUCUCAUGUAUUCAUCACUUGUAUAUAGCGUUGCUUGAAUUUCUCCCAUCCCCAAGAUUUGUUAAUCUGGUAUGAAUUGAUCUGAUAUUUUUCAUAGACAGAAAUGCAUUGGCUGAUAUUCUGUUGACAUAUGUAAAGUAGAUCUUUGCAAUGAGAGUAUAGCCCCUCGGAUCACACCUCUAAUGAACAAAUGCUGUUGAAAAACAUAUAUUGUAUAAUAAGCUCCAAUACACUGUCAAGAGAGAAAUAAUAAUUCUUCUUUGGCGAUCACUUGUAGCAGAAUAAGAUUGUCUUCCAUAAACACGGUUUUAACAAUGAGUCCGUAAGUGACUGUGGAGGCCAGUUCUGGACCCACACAUCCUUCCACAGUGAGGACAUUGGUUCCCGGGCGGGAGUUGAUCACGGUUUGGAUUUGCCAAGCGUGCCUUCCUCUUAGCACACUUCUCCCUUGCAUUCUGAGUUCAAGUGUCUUCAAAGUCCAUAACGCCUUUGCUCAAGAGAGGAAUUAGAACAGUAUAGAAAAUGCAUUGAUUUUCCAGCCUGUGUCUAGAGUGUUAAUAGGUCACUGUUUCAGGAUGUGUGUUUCUUCACCUUCCUGACAGUAAGAGCUGUUCGGCAGUGGUAUUUGCUACCAAGGAGUGUGGUGGAGUCUCCUUUGGAGGUCUUUAAGCAGAGGCUUGACAGGCAUAUGUCAAGAAUGCUUGGAUGGUGUUUCCUUCUUGGCAGGGGGUUGGACUGGAUGGCCCUUGUGGUCUCUUCCAACUCUAUGAUUCUAUCUGCCUAGGAGGGCUUUCAAUUUUAUGUCUCUGAAAUAUCCAGGCAGUGGCUGGUUCCUGAUGGGAUGUAUUUCUGCUGUGUGUUCUCCCCCCAGCUCUCCCCUCCACUAGUAUUUUCUGUAACCCGCCCCCCUGCCUCCUGGAAAUGUGAAAUCCACUAUGCCAUAUUAUCAGAUAAACAAAUACCUGCACAUAGCUGCAAAGGAAGAAGAUAGCAACCUCAUCCAGCACAGAACAUUAAAAAAAAUAUCAAAUUUAUGUUUUAAAUACAAUUUUUAGAUACAUCAGAUUUGCACAGAAGAGCAGUCAAACAUUUAAAACUUCAUGUGUGUUAG